UUGACAGUUUGUCAUUUUCCGUGAGGCCCGUGAGCCGAUAUAGCCUGCUGUUGUCGUUUUUUCAACAACAGAAAUGGCUGAAUUACUGGCUGUGCCGUUUAAAAAAUCCUCCGACGUCGAUAUUGUUAAGCCUUUGAAGAAUCUGAUCCAGUCCACGUACAACACCGAGGAGUACAGCGAUGCGCUGACGGAGCUGUCGCGGCUGCGGUCCAAUGCUAUUUGGAAGAUCUUCGAGAAGUCGAACCUCGAGUAUCUUAACAGCUACUAUGACCAGCUGGUAUCUCUGGAGUCGAAGCUGCCACCGCAGGAGGUGCAGAUCCCCUUCAAGUGGAAGGAUGCCUUCGACAAAGGAUCCAUAUUUGGAGGCCGAAUGAGUCUCACGCUGAGCUCCCUCUCGUAUGAGCGUGUCUGCAUCCUGUUCAACAUGGCGGCGGCGCAGAGUGCACUAGCAUCCUCACAGCCGCUUGACAACGAGGAGUCACUGAAACUGGCCGCUAAGCUGCUGCAGCAAGCAGCCGGCAUCUUCUCGCACCUCAAAGAGACAGUGCUACUGGCGCUCCACGGGGAGCCCACGCCGGACCUGGCGCCCGACACGCUGGCCGCGCUCGCCGCACUGAUGCUGGCGCAGGCGCAGGAGGUCAUCGCCUACAAGUGCAUCCAAGAUGAGAUGAAGCCGUCGAUGGCGGCGCGCGUGUGCGCGGGCGCAGCCGACCUGUACGGGGACGCCCUGCGCGCGCUGCAGCGGGACUCCCUGCGCCCGCUGUGGGACCGCGACUGGAUACCCACCGUAACAACCAAACAGCAGAUCCUGUCCGGGCUCGCACAGUACUUCCAAGCAGCAGUGUGCCAGGCGGGCGGCGCGCCGGGCCAGGAGAUCGCCAGGCUCACCCUCGCGCUGAAGCUGAUGCCGCAAGCCAAGGACCACCCGCGCCUGCAGGACAUAUACCGCCGCUGCGGCGCCCGGCUCGCUAGCGCGCAGAAGGACAACGACUUCAUCUACCACGAGCGCAUCCCGGAGGCGUCCCAGCUCGAGGCCAUCAAGGGCGCCGCGGUCGCCAAGCCGCUGCCUGUCCAGGAUAAAUACUGCACAGGGGUGAAAGAUCUGUUCGAGGGCCUGGCGCCGGCGGCGGUGCACCGCGCCCUAGCCGCGAGUGAGGCGCGCAAGAGCGACGCCGUCAACGCAGAGAUCAACAAGCUGAGGGACGCCACGCAGCUGCUAAACAGCGUGCUGGCAUCCCUCAACCUCCCCGCCUGCGUAGAAACAGUAGCCCCCGGGUCUCUGCCGGCGUCCAUCCGCGGCAAGGCGGCGGCGGUGCGCGGCGCGGGGGGCGCGGGGGGGCUGCGCGCGCGCCAGGCCGAGCUGCCCGCGCUGCUCGCCAGGAACACCGAGCUGCUGGACGAGGCCGAGCGCAUGCUCCGCGAAGAAGAAGAAGCGGACAACGCUCUCCGCGCACAGUUCGGCGCCCGUUGGACGCGCACAGCGAGCGCACAGCUCACGGCCACCUUCCGAGCCAACGCGGACAAGUAUAGGCAGAUUAUUGACAACGCUGUGCGCGCCGACAAGAUUGUGGAGGAGAAGUAUAAUCAGCAUAAGGAGAGUAUCUCGCUGCUGAGCGGGUCGGACAGCGAGCUGGAGGCGGGCGUGCCGCGCGCCGGCGGCCCCCGCGCAGACUGCGCCGCGCUCUCCACUCUACGCAAGCUCAUGGACGAUGUGGAAACCCUAAAAGCGGAGCGCGACGCGAUCGAGUGCGAGCUCAAGAGCGUGACCCUCGACAUGAAGCAGCAGUUCCUCACGGCACUGGCGGCAUCAGGCGCCUUGGACGAGCCCGCGCUCACGGCCGCCGCGCUCGCCGCGCCGCUGACGCCACUGAGACAGCAGGUCCAAGAGACUGUGGCGAGGCAGGAGGAGCUGCUGGUGAAGAUACAGGAAGCCCACAAAGCGCUGAUGGAAGCCCAAGGCGGCGCGAGCGGGCGCGACGCCGCGCUGGCCCGCCUGUGCGCCGCGCACGACGCAUACCAGGAAAUAGAUAAUAAUCUGAAGGAGGGCAUCAAGUUCUAUAAUGAUCUUACACAGCUGCUAGUAGCAUUCCAGAACAAGGUCUCCGACUUCUGCUUCGCGCGGCGCACGGAGAAGGAGGAGCUGCUGAAGGACCUCACGCAGGACGCGAGCCGCGCGCCCGCCCGCGCCGCGCCCGAGCCGCCCGCCCACCAUGGACAAGUCGAAGAGCCAGCGGUUAUAAAACGCGAGGCGCCGCCGCGCCCCCCGCCCCCCUCCGCCGGGGGUUCUAGCGCCCCCGCCGCGGCCCCCGCCCCCGCCGCCGCCGCCUCGGCGCUGCCAUACCCGCAGCAACCACAAGGCAUGCCGCUCCCCUACGCUAUGGCCGCGGCCCCCUACCCGUACUACGCGGCGCCCAUGCCGGUCUCCUACAACCCGUACGCGACACUCCCGUACCCGCACCACGCGCGCGCGCCUCCCGCGCCGCAGUACCAGCCCUACCAGUACCCGCCGCCGCAGCCCGGCUACCAGCCGCCGCCCGGCGGGUACAACCCGUAUGGGCCCCAGCAGUAGAGCGGGGAUUGGAACUGUUGACAGCGGAGGUUAAACCUUUUGUAUACGGCUAGGGUUGGCAUCAAUAUAAAGUAUUUGAUAAACAAGUUUUUGGUUGCUUGGUUGAUGAAAGGUUUAACCAUAGAAACAUUGUAAGUGAAGUCAAGUAUUUGAUAAAUCAAGUUUUCGGUAUUUAUGCUUGGUUGAUGAAAGAUUUAAUAAGUAACCGUAGAAACAAAUUGUACUUGUUACAGUUUCGUUUGAUUUUCAACAGUUCUGAUUUACGAUUUCGGUCGUCGUUGUGGAAGAGAUGUAGAUGCAAGUGGUUUUAAAUAAGGCACUACUUAUGUAUUUUGUAACAUUCAGUUUAUACUAUCAUAGAUUGUAGAGUUUAUGUAGGUUUGAUAUGAUGACGAAGUUACGCUGAUGAUGGCACUGUUGUACACAGGAACUAGGGUUAAGAACAGGCACAGCAGUAGAAGGUUCUCGGCUAGCGGUGCUAUCUGUGCUCUGGACACGCUUUUAUACAUUUUCGUAAUUAAAUAAGUUAUUUUUUUAUUCACAAAUCCUUGUGGUUUCUAAACUGCUGCCUUUAGUAGAUUUAAAACUUUCUAAAAAUGUUAUCACUUUGUUAUGUUUUAAGGUACUAUCGUUAAUUUAAAUAUCUUUAGUAAAUUCAUAAGAUCUUCCGACACACUACAGUAAUGUGCCAGGGAUAUGUAAAGAAAAUGUGAAUGAAAUGUAGUAUAUCUAACUUAUAUUGAAAUGAAUUUUUAAUCUCUUAUUCAUAAAUGUUAAUAAAUCUAUUAGGCUCAAAAUCAAUUAAGUAUACUAUUAUAUUUGUCUUGAUUAUUAUUGUAUGGGUAAAAAUGGUGUUGUGAUCAGUAAAUUGUCUGAGCUAAGGAAAUAUUGUGAUCGAAAAUAUGAAAAAUUAAUAUAUUUAUAUAAAUCUCCCAAAUGACUGCCAACUGGAGGUGGCAACACAAUAAGUAAUUAAAUAUAGCAUAAUAUAUCUUACACAAUAUCACAUGAUGCUAAAGUAAUGCCAGAAAUCCAAUAACGAAAAUAUAUAUCAUAAAUCUCGUGUAACUGUGAUUUUUUAUAAAUCUAGUGUUUAUUUAUGCCAAAUACUUUGUUAUUGAAAAUCAUAUGUAUGAGCAUAGUAUAAUAUCAUUUCAAUGAAUUUGUAAGACAAAGAAUAAAUAACUUUUUUACAA